AGGAUUUCGGUGAAAUCAGUUCGGAACAAGCUGGUCAGAAAGUUUUGUAGUUAAAGUAUUUUCCUCGUUUUUUUAAAAAGGAAUCUGACUUUUAUUAAAAUAUCUUUUAAUUGUUGACAAAUCGUGCUCCCAAAAGUUCGGUGCUUAAAGUGGCCAAAUUUAUAAUUUCUGUGCAAUUUUACUUUCAAUGUUGACUCAUUCGGACGCGUUAUUAUUGUUUUGAUUAUUAAUGGUGCAACAUGUUUUUUUAGUAAAUAAGUUUCGAGUCCAUUGGUCCUACUUCUGGUCAUUUAGCUUUCAUCAUUUUAGUUCAACUUUUAACCCUUGGAUCAGCGAUUUGCGUUUAAUGGGAUUCUAAUUUCCCAUUUACAAAAUUGUAUCUUUAAGUGUCUCUAGCUCUGCCAAUCAAAGUGACUAUCAAAACCGUUUUUUCAUCAUUCUGGACUGUCUUGAACAAUUUUGGUAUAAUUGUUGUAGAAUAAUCAAAUUUUAGUUUUAUUAAAAUAGUUUGCCAUGGAAAAAGGUAAUACAGUGAAUGUGAAUAGUAAAAAGGCGGUUAUCUCGGCUGGUGACCAUCUUUUCAUCUUUAUUAGUCCAAAACAAAUGUAUCCAUUGAAAGUUGUUCCAAAAGAAACUUUUCAAACUAAAUUUGGACCAAUUAAACAUAAUGAUUUGAUUGGAGUAAAAUAUGGAACCAAGUUGAAUCUUUCAAAAGGUUGGGUUUAUGUCCUACCAUUUACUCCUGAACUUUGGACAUUAAAUUUACCCCAUCGAACGCAAAUAUUGUACUCAACAGAUAUAAGUAUGAUUACUUGCCAGCUUAAUUUAAAACCAGGCUCAGUAGUCAUUGAAUCAGGAACCGGAUCAGGAAGUUUAUCGCAUGCAAUAAUCAGAACGAUUGCUCCAGAUGGUUUUCUUCAUACAUUUGACUUUCACUUGGCUCGGGCAAAUGAAGCAAGAAAAGAGUUUGACGAUCAUGGAUUAACAAGUUUAGUUAGAGUUGAAAAUCGAGACGUUUGCCAAGACGGUUUUGGACUGAAAGCAAUUGCCGAUGCUCUGUUUCUCGAUUUACCUCACCCAUGGACUGCAAUUCCGUUCGCAUAUGAAGCAAUGAAACCAUUUGGUUCAAGGAUUUGCUGUUUUUCACCGUGCAUUGAACAAGUGCAGAAAACGGUGCAAGCAUUACAAUCGAUGUGUUUUAUGGACAUUGGAACUAUGGAAUUGGUUUCAAGACCGUUUGAAACGAAACAAAUGAAAAUGGAGAAAUUUUGUUUCACUGAAACACCUGAAAGUGAGAGUAACACAACGAACGAUGUCAAAGCUGUCCCAUCAAUCCAAAUUGCCGGCCACACUGGAUUUUUAACAUUUGCUACAAAAAUUUGAAUAUCAUAUCAUUAUAGCCUAGAAUUACCAUUUGUGCGAAAUUUUUAUUUCGUUCAAAAAUCCCUUUUCAUUGUUACCACAAUUUAAUUUAUAAUUGUUAGUAAAAUUGAAAGACUGAAAAACAUGUUUUACUUAAGCGAUAAAAUAUUUACAUAUCUGUUC